CACACAGACAAACCAAUAUAAACAUUUCUGUACAGUGAGGAUACUCCCCAACUCUCAGGUUCCCUACAGGACUCAGCACACGGGCAGAGAUGGCACUAACCGAGCGACAAAGUUCAACUUUCCCUGAGAUAGUGGAGCUGAACGUGGGCGGGCAGGUGUAUGUGACCCGUCUGGAGACUCUCACCGCGGCGCCCAACUCUCUCCUCUGGGCCAAGUUCACCCAGAGCUCCCCGGCGGAGCUGCCCAAAGAUAGCAAGGGCCGCUUCUUCUUCGACCGGGACGGCUUUCUCUUCCGCUACAUUCUGGAUUACUUGCGCGACUCGGAGCUUUUCCUGCCCGAGUUUUUCAAAGAGAAGCGGAGGCUACAGAAGGAAGCGGACUUCUUCCUACUGCCGGAGCUGUCGAAGCGCCUGGCGGCGGCCAGCAAGGACAGCUCGUACACGGAGGACAGCGGGGACCCGGAGGAGGCUGAGCUGCCAAGCCCGGUCACCUCCUCCUCGGACCGGGCGCUGCGCUCCCCCGGGGCCAACGCGGGCUUCAUCACCGUCGGCUACAGAGGCAGCUACACCAUCGGGAGAGACAUCCAGGCGGACGCCAAAUUCCGCAGGGUGGCCAGAAUAACCGUGUGCAGCAAGAUCUCUCUGGCCAAAGAGGUGUUUGGAGAAACCCUGAACGAGAGCAGGGACCCGGACCGGCCGCCUGAUAAGUACACCUCCAGGUACUACCUCAAGUAUAACUUCCUGGAGCAGGCGUUUGACCGGCUGGCCGACGCUGGCUUCCACAUGGUGGCCUGCAGCUCCACCGGGACCUGCUCGUACGGCAGCAGUGAUCCCGGAGAGGACAAACUGUGGACCAGCUACACCGAGUACGUGUUCUGCCGAUGAGCGCGUAGGAGUGCGUUCAAGCUCAACCCGGGGGAAUAAAAAACAUUAGUUGCAUUAAUUAACACCCAAAAGUGGCAGUUUAAGCUUUCGGUUUCUUCUGUUUUUGUCACUCUUGUGCUCACAAUAGGAUCAGGAUGCAACCAGAGCCAACUUUUCUGGCGUUUGUCUCCUUUCCCCUGCUCUAAAUCUCAUUGUGGGAAAGCAAAGACAAAGUGACUUCUCUGAUAUGUCACUGAGUCCUCAGCUGGGUUAUUUUAAGGCCUCAUAACCUUUCUGGCUUUUACAAAGGCUGUUUUGUUCUUGAGCAAAUGAGACAAAUGGUUCCUCUGGGUGGCGGAAAUGUUUGGAGCUGCUUUCUUUUGAUCCUUCCUGAGUUGUGCUUGCAUCUUCAUGUUACUGCAGAGAGGCUACCGGGAAACACGUCGGCUAGGACUUGCACUGUAAAUAGUCUGGUUUUGACCUGUAGCGUGCUCCUGUAAUCUACCUUUAUCUUCCCCUGCCUUUAAUUUUGUAUAUUGAGUGGUUUCGAUGGUGUGGCUCUUUUAUUAUUGCUUACAGUACCACUGCUUUCAAAAUUACACAAUGGGAUGUUUUUUUUGUGUGCCAUCUUUGGGUGGAUGUAAUUGUUUUCUGCUUAGAUAUAAAGGUACAGCAAAUAAAGUGUGACAUUGGAACAUUUUU